AACUAAAUCAAGUAGCAGCUGAACUGGACAGUUUGGAUGGAAGAAAAGACCCACAGAGAUGUACGCUGCUAGUCAACCAGUUUCGCUCUUGUCAGGAUAAUGUUUUGAACAUCAUAAAUCAAAUCAUGGAUGAAUGCAUUCCGCAUGAACGGGCCAACCGAGACUUUUGUGUUAAGUUUCCAGAGGAAAUACGCCAUGACAACCUUGCAGGACAGCUUUGGUUUGGAGCAGAAUGUUUGGCUGCUGGUUCAAUUAUUAUGAAUCGUGAAAUUGAGAGUAUGGCUAUGAGGCCAUUGGCCAAGGAUCUGACCCGAAGCCUAGAAGAAGUUAGAAAUAUCAUUCGUGACCAGGCCUUAAGGGAUUUGAACCUCUACACAGAAAAAAUGAAAGAUUCACUCAAACAUUUUGACAUCCUUUUUGCUGAAUUUGAAUUAAGUUAUGUGUCGGCCAUGGUACCUGUGAAGUCUCCAAAAGAAUAUUAUGUACAGCAAGAGGUAAUAGUACUUUUCUGUGAAACUGUGGAGAGAGCCUUAAGGCUUGGAUACCUCACUCAAGAUAUGAUAGAUGACUACGAACCAGCUUUAAUGUUUACAAUUCCAAGAUUAGCCAUUGUAUGUGGCCUUGUUGUCUACUCUGAGGGACCAUUAAACUUGGACCAUAAACCAGAAGAUAUGUCUGAACUCUUCAGACCUUUUCACACUCUGCUAAGAAAAAUAAGGGAUCUACUUCAGACAUUAACUGAGGAUGAACUGCACACACUGGAACGUAACCUCUGCAUCUCUCAAGAUGUGGAUUUUCCUGUCAGAGCAGAUCCUGAAGUACCCUCUGUCAUUACACCAGGCAUAACUGCGACUUUGCCUGCUACGGAGCUUUCAGCAAAAGCUGAAAACACAGAGGCUGAGCUGGCUUGUUCUAUGCAGUAUGAUGAACAGGAGCUGGAACAGCUGAAUAGGAUGGUACACAGAGUCGGAGAUGAAAUGUCUUCUCUGCUUUCCCCUCCAAGCAUCUGUCAGUCUCCAGCUCACAGACCUAGCCUAAGAAAUAGUCCUAGCACAGAAGCUUCACCAACAAGACACCAUCUUGACAAUUUAACUGAUGAAGAGGACAGAGUGUUUUUUAUGGAUGAUCUAGAUGGAGCAGGAGAAGCUCUUGCUGGGUUGGAUUCAGUAAGUGAUACUCUUGCUUGGGUGAAUAACCCUUGCCACAAUUCAAAACAGAAUCUGCAAUAUAGAGACGCUUUGCUGUAUGAGAACGGCCAUCAGACAGAGGAAACUUUGCUUUUAAAAGAUGCUGAAAGUGACUUAAGCAAUAAUAACAAUAUUGAAGAUAGCAAACAGAUGUCUGGCAUCUCAGUUCAGAAUUCAUGCAGCUGUCUAGAAGGUCCAGACUCACAGUUAUACCUCAAUGGCUGGGAUGCGUAUGCUGAUGAUGCAGAAAUGGCAGAAGUGAUAGCUCACAGGACAGGGGGAAUGAAAAUAUCUGCUACUGUAAUAUUCAAUCCUAAAUCUCCCUGUAGCUCAGAAUCCCCAGUAACAACUCCAGAAGCAGCUAGUAGUUGUGUUCCUGGAUCUGCUAAUCCAUUAGCAAAUGAGGAGGAGGAUGAAUCCCAUAAACUCAGUAUAGCUGCCACAAACUGUCUAAUUAAUUCCUGUGUGUGUUGUGGCAGCUGUGAAGACAGCAGGGAGGACAGUGUUGAAGGUUUAAAGACUAAACAUUCUGCAGGAGGUGUUGUAAAUGCUUCAUACACGUUAGUAAAGUCUAAGGAAAUGGACCAUGUAGGUAACUUGGACAAUUCAGUCCCUGCACAGGAAACAUUAAAACCUGAAACUUCUGCUUUGUUAGCAGAAGGAGACUUUGGUAGAGAAGAGCAAAAACUGCCAAUCUCCUCUAAGUGCCUGGCACAUUCCUCAGGUUCACAGGUAGGAGCAGAAAAUGACUCACAAGGAGAAGCAGAAAGCAUCUCAAACCAGCAGAAGAAGUGGGAGAAGAGAAAACAACUAUGUGAGAAAAAACAGGACAACAAUGAAGAUGUUAGUAGUGAAAGGGCAGCAAAGGAAGAUGUAAAGUCAAGAUCUAGUUCAAGUAGUUUAAUGACGAGUUCUUGUUCAUCUGAUGACCUCGAUCAGGAAGAAAUCCAGCUCGCUUUGCAGGCUGCUAAAAUUGCUACCCGAGAAAAGAUCAGAUCCAGGUUUCAUAGCAGUAAUGAUCUUAUUCACCGCCUCUUUGUCUGUAUCUCAGGUGUUGCUGACCAGCUGCAGACAAACUAUGCUAGUGAUCUGAGAAGUAUCUUAAAGACCUUGUUUGAGGUUAUGGCAACCAAACCUGAAACAGAAGACAAGGAAAAGCAAAAGAAAGUUAAUCAGGGCUUAAGGAAUGCAGCACUGGAAGACUGUGCUUUAUGUCAAGAAAGUAUAUCAUCCUCAGAACUUGCAGCAAAAGCCAGAGAUGGGGACUUUGAAGAUCCUCCUGACUGGGUUCCAGAUGAAGUCUGCAGCUACUGCACUGCGUGCAAGGCUCCUUUCACAGUCAUUCGCAGGAAACACCACUGUCGGAGCUGUGGCAAGAUCUUCUGUUCCCGCUGUUCGUCCCACUCUGCUCCAUUACCUCGUUAUGGUCAGAUGAAGCCUGUCCGUGUUUGCACUCACUGUUACAUGUUCCAUGUCACUCCUUUCUAUAGUGACAAAGCUGGUAUCUGACAUAUUAAACUACUGGUGUGUCUUCUGGAGUCUUACACGGACUGAUAUAUUUGACCUAAGCCAAGAACUAACUUGAAAGAGGGACCCCGUGAGGGCAUGUAGGCUUUGACAUCCAUUAUUAUAAAUUUUGUACAGACAGUUUUUAUUGCAUUUUACUAAGCUGCUAAAGGGAAGUGUGAAGUGUCUGUAGCUCUAAGGCUACAGUACAGUCUUCCAUAAAUUUAUAACAUUAAUGUUACGAUGCCAUAUGCAGAACAAAUGCACUGUGUGGAAGGAAAUAGGGCUCAGAGAAUUGAACGAGCAUUGCUGCUUAUCUUACAUGCUAGGAACAGAGUAGCCGGUUAACUAGUCCAUCCCAGCAAAUCAAUCCCAAAGCUCGGACGCUUCUGUGCUCACUAGAAUACCAGCAUGGCUGUGGAUGUCAGUGCUCUCCCUCCUGCUGCGGUUUAACUUUCCCAUUACUAGAUUUGCGCUACCUAUGCUAGGAUUAAUUAA